AUGACAUCAUGGAUGCAGUGACUCAGCGAUGACGCAAUCUCCGUGAUGCAGAUAUAUAUACACCGCACCCCUGCCUCUCGUCUCAAACCCACCCGCCAUUUCCCCCCUGAAAUUUCUCACCGGAACAAUCAAUCCAUGGCUGCCAAUGCCACUCCACCCGCGGCGGCGCCGCCGCAGCCUCUCAACGCUCUCCGCCCAUUGACGGCCAAUCUCAUCAUCAACAGACUUCACAUGCUUCUCAAUGGGAUCGCCAUAGCCGCCAUCUUCUCCUACAGAUUCGCCGCCAUUUCCGGCAUCACAAAGGAGAGGAGUGCGGCCCCGCCUCCCCGCCUUCUUCCCCACCUCGUCGUCCUCGUCUCCGAAACCAUCCUCACAUUUCUCUGGAUUCUUCACCAGGCUCCCCGGUGGCGCCCGGUCAAGCGCGCCGUGUUCCCGGAGCGGUUGCCGGAGGACGAGGAGCAGCUCCCCGCCGUGGACGUGUUCGUGUGCACGGCGGAUCCGAGCAAAGAGCCGCCGCUGGGAGUGAUGAACACUGUUCUUUCGGCCAUGUCGCUCGACUACCCUUCUCGGAAGCUCUCUGUUUAUGUUUCCGACGACGGCGGCUCUUCCGUGACGCUGAACGCCGUUCGUGAGGCGUGGAGAUUCUCGAGGUUUUGGGUUCCUUUCUGCCGGAAGUAUGCGGUGGAAGUCCGGUGCCCGGAGGCUUAUUUUUCCGAUCAGGGAAGCCCUGGUGGCAGUGAUGAUGAUGAUGAUGAUGAUGAGUAUGUUGCUGAUAGGAGGAUCAUCCAGGAAAGGUACAAUGAGUUUAAGAAAGCUUUGGAGAUGAAGUCGGCAAAUGCUAGCAAAUCUGUUAGUAGAGAUCAUCAGCCAACCAUCGAGGUGAUGAGAGAUGAAAAUGAGGAUUCGAGCGGGCUAAGAGAGAUGCCUCUUCUUGUUUAUGUUGCUCGGGAGAAGAGGCCAGGCCAUCCCCACCAUUUCAAAGGAGGAGCUCUAAAUGUUCUACUCCGAGUGUCUGCGGUAAUAAGCAAUGCUCCCUACUUUCUGGUGUUGGAUUGUGACAUGUACUGCAACGACCCUUCCUCUGCUCGCCAGGCUAUGUGUUUUUAUCUUGAUCCCAAAGUGUCUUCCCGAAUAGCUUGGGUUCAAUUCCCCCAGAAAUUUCACAAUACCAGCAAACACGAUAUCUAUGAUGGAAGGCUUAACCCCAUAUGGAGAGAAGGGCAAGGCUUAGAUGGUCUUAGAGGACCUACCAUAUAUGGCUGCAAUUUUUUCAUGAAAAGGGAAGCAUUCCAUGGAACCAAGAACAUUCAGAUAGGUGUCGAUCUCAACGAGCUGAAGGAUCUGUUUGGCUCGAGCGAUGAGUUCAUUGAAGCUGCUUUACGCAAAAGCUGUUACAAACCGAAAUUGGCUGAAGACAGAAAGCCCUCUGAUGCAUUGCAAAAGGAGCUUCAAUUGCUGGCCUCUUCCACUUACGACUCUGGCACGCAAUGGGGUAAACAGAUUGGGUUCCGAUAUUUCACUGUUGUGGAGGAUACCCUAACAAGCCUUCAAUUGCACUGCAACGGGUGGGUUUCCGUGUUGAUUGAUGACCCUGCCAGGCCAUGUUUCUUAGGGACUUCCACUACGAACCUGAGCGAUAUGUUAGUUCAACAGAUGCGUUGGUCAUUUGGACUGAUGCAAAUUGGUCUGUCAAGGUUUACCCCUCUCAUCUACGGACCACUAAGGAUGUCAGUCCUUCAAAGCAUGUAUUAUGGUUCCCUUGUGCUCGACUGUCUCUACACCAUCCCUUUCUAUGGUCUAUCCAUAAUUCCUCCCAUCUGUCUCAUAUACGGCUUUCCUCUUUAUCCCAAUGUCUCAGAUCCAUUUUUCUUUGCAUUUGCUUAUGCUUUCCUCGUGUCGCAUAUCAAACACGUACAAGAGGUAUUUGCGUAUGGAGAUCAUUCGUUGAGGAACGCAUUGUAUGAGGUGAGAGUCUGGAUGAUGAAGUCUGGGGCGGGUUACUUUUACGCGCUUGUGAAUUCUUUCUUGGACAAAUUUGGUAUGCACGAAGCAAAUUUCAAUGUGACGAAUAAGGCAGGGGUUGAUGGCGAACAAGCGCUUCUCUAUGAGCGUGGCAUGUAUGACUUCCGAGUAUCUCCCAUGUUGAUUGUUCCACUGUGCAGCAUUUACAUUCUCAACCUGGCUUGCUUUGUUGUGGGAAUGCUGAGGAUGUUUCGCAAGGGUGGGGACGGGUUGUUGCUCGCCCAAGCGGCUCUCUCAUUCUAUGGGGUGGUUGUCAACUGCCAUUUGUUUGAAGGGAUGUUUUUGAGGAAGGACAGUGGCCGCAUCUCGGGGUAUGUCUCUCAGAUUGCUAUAAUGGUAUCUGGAGUCAUCUUCGGCCUUGGUUCACUUCUUGUACAUUAUUAUUGAAUGAAGUGAUUUUUUGCUCCAGUAUGUACUCCAAAAACUGAAAUCGAACUCAUCACUGCUCUAGUAUGAGAUGUUGGAAUGCUAUCUAGAUGGAAUAUAUAUCUUGUUUGCGAGUAUUUAGUUGCUGUAAAAGUUUAAAACAUCACUUAUGUUUUGCACUUGUCACUUUCAAGUACAUGAAAUAACAACUGUUAAGAAAAGAGCCCCAUUCCC